GCUGUGUAGCUCCAGUGGACGUAAACAAACAACACUCCUCCAACUGAAGGGGUGGAUUAUACCUAAGUCCACCGCCGGUAAUUUAAGAUUAUGGAAAUCAUUAAAACUCCAAAGGUGGAAAAUGUACGUAUGUUGGACCGUUUCAACAGCAAGAAGCCUUCCAUUGGAUCUUUAUAUUUGACGACGACUCACCUCAUAUUUUUCGAUCCUGACAGAAAAAAAGAAACAUGGAUCCUUCACAUGCACAUAGCGUCGGUCGGAAAACUUCCCAUCUCGACUACGGGGACUCCUCUCCAGAUCAGAUGCAAAAACUUUCUCUGCGUCACAUUCCUGAUCCCAAAGGAACGGGACUGCCACAAUAUUUUCCUCUCGCUGCAGCAGCUCUCCCAACCCCUGCAAAUCGACGACCUCUACUGUUUCCACUACACGGCUUCCAACGAGGACCUGUCCCGUUCUUCCGGGUGGAACAAGUUUGACCUCCAGGCCGAGUACCUCCGCAUGGGCGUUCCAAACAAGUACUGGGCUGCGACGAAUAUCAAUCACGACUACGAAAUUUGCGAUACUUACCCGAGGUACCUGUACGUUCCUUCGACGGCCACCACCAGCAUCUUGGUGGGGAGUGGACAGUUCCGCAGCAAAGGGCGGCUACCCGUCCUGUCCUACUUUCACAAAAACAGGGCCGCGAUCUGCCGAUGUAGCCAACCGCUGUCGGGCUUCUCGGCACGCUGCGUUGAAGACGAGCAAUUACUCAACUGCGUUUUACGAGCGAACCCCGCAUCCAAGUUUAUGUACGUGGUAGACACACGGCCUCGGAUCAAUGCAAUGGCUAACAAGGCAGCUGGGAAAGGGUACGAGAACGAAAAUUUUUAUGAAAACAUCAAGUUCCAGUUCUUCGGAAUUGAAAAUAUUCACGUCAUGCGCAACAGCCUUCAGAAGCUCAUUGAUACGUGCGAGCUCAAGGAGCCGACGAUGAGCGGGUUUCUCAAUGGGCUGGAGUCUUGCGGAUGGUUGAAACACGUCCGCGCCAUCAUAGAGACUUCGCAUUUCAUUGCACGUGCUGUGGAAGAUGGUGUGAGCGUUGUGGUGCACUGUUCUGACGGCUGGGACCGCACGGCACAGACCUGCUCUCUCGCGGGCCUCAUGGUCGACCCAUACUAUCGCACCAUCACGGGCUUUCAGGCUCUCAUUGAGAAGGACUGGCUGGCAUUUGGCCACAAGUUCAUGGACAGGUGCGGCCUCAUUCAAGGCGAUCUCCGAGAGGUGGCGCCGGUGUUCACGCAGUUCAUAGACGCCGUCUGGCAGCUGACGCAGCAGUUCCCAUCCGCCUUCCAGUUCAACGAGCGCUUUCUGCUCACCAUACACGACCACGUCUACUCGUGCCAGUUUGGUACGUUUGUCGGCAACUGCGAGAAGGAUCGGAUCGACCUUCGGUUGAGUGAGAAGACAUAUUCGCUGUGGGGCUACCUGUCCAAUCACGUGUCGGAGUUUGUCAACCCCGUGUACAGAACAGACGCGGAUCAGCUGCUGCAUCCUUCGCUGGCGCCGCAGGCAAUCAAGUUUUGGAGAGGCAUGUACAAUCGGUUUGAGAACGGAGUUCACCCACGUGAACCCUUGGGUGACAUCCUUGUCGCUACAAAGGAUCACAUAUUGAGCUUGGAGGAUCACGUGCAGCUACUACUGAAGAGAAUCAACCAACUGAAGCAACUCCUCGGACACGCUGAGACACCCAGCAAGGACAUGGACUCUGUAAUGGGGGAUUCCUUGACUGCGGACGACAUUGACGGCUUUGACACCAACGGUUCCUCGAAGCCAUCCUCCGAGAGCGCACUCGAGAGCAUCCGAGACUCGGGUUUUGGAGAAAAUGACACCACCUACCAGGACGACAAGGACCCGGAGGUGAAAGCCCUCAAAAUUGGGGAUGCCCUUCAGAAACUGAUGGACGAGAUGGAUUCGGUGGCUCUGGAUUGGAAAACUUUCCGGAAUAUGAAGGAGUGCCCAUGUUCCACGCCUUUUGACUACUUUAGGAGAAAAUUCCACUGCUGGUGCUGUGGUGAAGUAUUCUGCAUCCGUUGCAUAGACAAGAGGCUGUGUCUACCAGGCCACCUGACCAAGAGGCCCGUUCCCGUUUGUAGACAUUGCUAUAAGGAACUCACUCACACAAACUCCAUAGACUCCUAGGCCCACACGUAAAACCUUACCCAGUACAGAAUCUUUUCGAUGUCGUUCUAUUCUGCAAUGCAAAUUAUCCACGAUUUCUCUUCGCGUACAAGAGGGGAAGCCGUGAUGUCUUUUCGGAGUUGCGAUAUCGGGCGACAUCUUUCAAAAAGUGUCCAACGUCUUUGUAGCUCCAAACCCGUCUGUAGAAGAUUUCGCGACAAGUACUUUUUGUAUCUCAGAAGAGGUAAACUGGACUAUUUAACGUCACCCUUUGCGAGGCUUAAGCUGUAAAUACUAACUGGUAUUGCUUGUGUGGCAGCAUGUGCCAGGAGACGGGGGCUAAAGGGGGCAAUUGUCACCCCCUCCUCUGGUCCUGGAUGUUAUCCCUGAUGCACAUGAAUUGGUUGUCUGGGAGUUGCUCAUUAUUCCUAGGGUUUUCCUAGGGUUUUCCUAGGGUUCCUAGGGUUUUUCAUUUUCAGCAGUUAUAUUUUCCGAGGCAAGGCGACAAAAAAAGUCGUGUUUCGGACAAAAGUCUCAGAAAUUAUAAUCGCCAAAAACGAGAAGCCCUAGUUAUUCCCGACACGAAAUGUGAUGUUCACCCACAUUUAAUCCCUUCCUCCUUUCACUCUAGUCACGCUUAAAUAACGCAGUGACGUACUGAUUUUAGGACGUUUUCCCAAUGACUCGGAUUUGAACUUUGUUAUUUGGCAUCAUAGUCACUGGAAGUUCACACAGGUGGAACUUUUUUGUGGAACUUUGAAUAUUUGAUUAUUUAUAACAAGACCCUCGUGUUUUGGGGUUUUACAGCGGGGGAAUAAUAAUUGUCUUCUAGGCACUGAGUACCCUGCGCGCAAGUUGAAUGAGAAAUAUUUGUUUCUAUUUAUGCGAUAUGUACAUAGUAUAUACAGGGUGUUUUACCUGACGUGUUAAAAAAACUGUAUUAGAAAAUCUGCUCGUCCGAAAAUUACGAGGUCAAUGCUAUAUAUAUCUCGAGGGAACUUUUGCCACGACUUCUGAGCACUUCUAUCAAUUUUUAAGUCGCGAGAAAUUGAAUUUUCUGAAUUGAACUUCGUAACUUGCCAAGUCAGCCUCGUGCUUUUUUUUCCCGGAAGCAGAGAGCAGCUGUCGGAUUUACCCUGUUCCAUCGGAAGAUACGUUCCCUACUACAGUGGUAACUGGAAAAAAAAAAAGCAGUUUUUUCUUUUUUUUUCAGAUAGCUUUGCAUUGUAACCAUGCUGCCAUUAUCAGAAGGAGCACGGGAAAAGGGAAAGUGAAAGGGCAUUUGUAUUGCCUCCUCGCAUCACUUUUUGAGAUCUGAGUGCGGUGGACAAAUUGCGUGCCUCGAGCUGACGGUGUUUGCAAAUUUUUUUCCAACUUUGGCAAUUUGCCAUUGUAGUAGGGAAUAUACAGGGUGUUUUUUUUUUUAGCCUUUACAGAAUUCUUAUUAAAAAAAGCUACGAAAGCAGCAUAGAUGUCGUUUUUGCAGUUGAAUUCUACGGCCAGGCAGACAUCCUUUGGAAGAUAGUACGUAAGAUAGUAACUUAAUUACAUUAAAUUCAUUAAUUAACUCUUUAAUUUCUGGCAAAAUUGAGGUGACAGAACGGGAGACAAUCCUCGUUGAAAUCCAUGGUAUAUUUUAAAAAUCGAGAAAAGAGCGCGUGCCGUGAAAUAUCCAUUGCUGAAUUUCGGUAUGCAAAUGAGCCAAAACCAAAAAGGCGUGCAUGAGGAACGCAUCACCCCCGCUGAUGGAGGCUUAUCUGGGCUGGGAAGUGGUUUAUCUGGCCAGCUGAGUGGCACCUCCUCCAAUCAUCUCAAUCACUCCAAAUCACGUGGCCCUCUUAUCUGAAAUGAUCGCUGUACUCCCUGCGUUCCCGGUCGCCGCGGUUUUCGGCUCAUUUGCAUAUCAAAAUUAAUCGAUUAAAUAAUCAUAUUAAAUUAUCGAUAUUUUAAUGCACGUGCGUGUGCACUUGGAACUAGGAUAGUCUCUCAAUCUGCUAUCUCCCUUUUUGCCUGAAAUCUCCUAAUUAAAAAGUAACAUAAUGAUUUUUAGAUAAUUAGUCACCCUGUAAUUGCACACUUUCUUCGAGAGGAUGUCUGCCUAGCCGUAGACCUCAACUGCAAAAGCGAUAUCUAUGCUGCUCUCAUAGAUUUGUUAUAAAACAAAAAAAUGCUCUGUAUUUUGCAAUGGAGCAGGGUAAACCUGACACAUGCUUUCUGUUUCUGACAAAAAAACCUGCGGUUUACUUGACAAAUUUCUGAGCUCUUAUUCAGAAAAGUUAUUCUUGCGAAUGAAAAUGUAUAAAAGUGUUCAGGGGCCAUGGUAAAAGCUUCCCGGAAAAAUGACGUUUUUUCGGACAAGUAGAUUUUUAACAAUUUUUUUAACAUGCUAGGUAAAACACCCUGUAUACGUAUACUGUUUUUUUUUUUUAGCUGCAGCAAAUUAAAAAAAAAAGCUAUGAGAGCAGCAAAGAUACUGCUGUUGAGUUCUUGGCAGGACGGACAUCCUGAGGGUACGUAACCACUAGAUGACCACUUACCGAAAAUCCAUUAAUUAACUCUCUAAUUGGGGGGCCGUCGGUAUCUCUCUAACUGGAGGCCUUCGGGCAAAAGUGAGCACUUGCCACUCGUUCCACAUCAGAGGGCCACAUGCUUUGGAGCGAUGGAGAAAGAUUGGAGUGUGUGUUGAUCUGCUGGCCAGUUCAACUGCUCAACUGCGGAUAGGCUGACGACAAUGAAGACCACACAUACUCCUCCCUCUGGUGUGCACUUUUGGUUAUGAUGGCUCAUUUGCAAAUAUCUGGCGAUGGAUAUUUCAAUGCACGUGUUCAUUUCAGGAUUGUUAAAAAAAUAUAAUGGGUUUCAACGAGGAUUGCCUUCUAUCUCACUUUUGCCUGAAAGCCCCUAAUUAAAGGAUUAGUUAAUGAAUUUCAGCUGAUCAGUUUCAUAUUCUCUUCGAGAGGACGUCUGCCUGUCCGUAAAACUCAACAGUAAAAAUGGUAUCUGUGCUGCUGUCAUAGGUCUUUUUUUUAAAUCUGCUAAGAAAAAGAAACACCCUGUACAUAUAUAUAUAUAUAUGUAUAUGUAGCUUAUAUUUCAUGUUCCCAUGUUGUGUACACCCCUACGGUGUGACCCAAGUGCUGUAAUAACUUCUGCGGACCGAACAGUUGCAAUCAGUCUUGUCCGAAUGAUAUUUUAAGCAUUUUCCCCCUUUUAUCGGACUGCAGUUUCCAAUCUAAAUCUCCAGAGUCAGGACUUUUGUCUUCCUCAUUGUAAUCUACAAUGUAUCUGCAUCACUUACAACUUCAAAAAGAGCUUAUGAGCGUGGAUGCAAAGUGGAUGCAUACCUAUUCACUUGUACCGGCAAUGGUCCUGAAAGGGCCAUUUAUGAGGAGAGAAGGCAUUUCUUGCGCUAUGUAAACAUGUAUUUGUCAUUUAUGUUAAAUUUGACAGUUAUGUACAGCCACUAUCAGACUAAACCGCAAAGUGGAGACCAGGGGUAUGCCGACACCAUAAAGUUUUGGUUGCUGUGUCCAGCGUAGAGUCACAAUGCAUGCUGCGGUGCCUAUGGCAAGCGCGAAUGUGCAGUCUGGAAUGGUUGCAGGUGAGAUAAGUGCUCAACAGAGCAGCCAUCGUGAGGCGAUGAGCGUGUAAAAUGGUUGAAUGUGUUAACGGGGAUGAAUGUGUGCCAGGGCCCAGUCUCAAAUCCAGUAGCCAAUGCGAGAGCUGGUGUAAACACGGACCAUGCUGUUGAGCGUUCAGCUUAAGUCUGACGGCAGCUGUACACGAGAAAAAUGAUCAUCGCGUCGUACGGUAUGGUCUAGACGCUGUCGAUGACUCACAAGAAGGUGCACACUGUUAGCCCUUGACACGAAGGUACACCCAGGGGCGGAUUUAAGGGUCUGUCAUGGGGGUGGGGCGGUCGCCCCCCCAGUAAGUCCGGCGUGCAGAAGGAGAGGACACCCGUGGAAAACAGCAGUAUUGGUUUACAGCAUGCAAUAAAACGAAUGCAGGAGCCUAGGGCGUACAUCUUUGUGACACGUACAUGUGCAGGCUGUUUCACGAGUAAAUUUCACCGCAUUGUGCGUGCGUGCAGCAACUAUAUCGGUGAACGAAAGGGAUGUGAUUGGACACCACGGUGCGUGAUUGAGUGAAGUCGGGUUUAGAGCGUACGCCCUCCUUAAAGCGGAUUACGUAUCUGCCGAGUGUCGUGUAAGUCGGAUUGUCAUCCAGGGAAUCAGGAAGAGACAACGUUACGCUUUUGGUCCGGAGCACCUUGUGCCGUGGGGUUCCAUAAUCUGUGUACACCAGGAAACAAGGCAGCUUUGACAUGCUCUUGGAAACCCUGAACAAAGUGCAAUGAGCCUGUGGACAACUAUACCUGCAACCCACAAGACAUGUGGAAUAGAGCCAGGACUACCCAUUGAACCCAAGCUUGAGCUGCAUUCGAGCUUCACUGUUACUUUGACUUUAGGUCCAGUUAGAGAAGUUUUCUCGGGCCCAAGAUUUUGUGAGUCGUCCUCUUUCACAUAACCAGUCUGGUGGAACUAACUGUAAACCCUUAAUUUAAGACUGUAUGUAUACGUGUGUACGGAUUGUAUACGUGAUAUUGAGUUCAUGAAUGUUAAGGCCACACAAAACUUUCGAUCAAGAAUUGACACUUGGGAAAACUAAGGGGACUUUAUUUUCGCAGCUAGCUGCACAGGUUACUGGUAGGUAAACAUUUAGACUACUUUGCAGCACGAACAUAUGCUACGGGCCCAUUUAUCAAAUCAGGUACAAGCAAUCUCUCGCUUAUCAUGAAGCAAACUAAUAAUUUUAGUUAAUUAUUUGACGUUCAAUAUGAUCUUGUCUUGGGAGGCAGGGCAAAAGGCACAGGGUGCCUGCCAAGGCCAUGCCAUACAUGCGACAUGUAUUGUAACAUUGGAACAUCCAGAAUUUGCAACAUUCUGUAGCUACAAACAUGUGCCUAAUUCGCAAAAAAUUUAGACCGUUAAAUUAAAGGAUUUUACGGUAUGCCCGUGGGAAUUCAAAUAGGAAAGGGUGACUAUGGGCUGUCGGGUAAGACCAGGCAACAAAUUUAGGUCUGCACUGUGCUCCAGUAUGUGACGUGUGUUAAGCAUUUCUUGCAAGCAAAUUUGUGUUACUGAUGUAUAUUUUUAGUUUGUUUGUAAUAUUUGCACAUAACUAUUGUGACAUUUCACACGGUUGUAGAUAUUAUCCAGGUGAACAUAAACAUUACCCAUUGCAGCGCUGCCAGGUUUAGCAAAACUUUGUGGAGUGCUUGUUGAAGAAUUUAUUCCAUGUUUCAUUGCCCUUAUUACUUUUGUUGUUGAUGCUACCUAUGUGUUAAUGUAUAGUCUGGAAGUUACCGGAUCGACUCCUGUGCUAAUACGGCUAAAAUGUGGUGUCGGUAAUAUCACAAGUUCAUCUUGCACACUGCGCAGGGAAAUCAUACGUGUCUCAAAGUGGCGUAAAUUACGUGAAAACUCAACAGUGUUGUGCACGGAUGUGAGUUGCCAGCAUAUGUAAUUAAAAAAACAUUGAUGUUGC